UAAAGGAUUUUGACUUCAAAAUUGAUGGAGAAAUGAUUACCAAAUCGUUUGAACCGGACGUGAAACUUGAGGAUGUGCGAAAAAAAUUAGCAGAAAGACGAGAUAACUGGAAAGCAGACAAGCUUCUAUUUAAACAAGAUAAUAGACGGAUAUAUCAUGAAGAUGAGUCCGAUUAUACAUUAAAUAAACUUCGUAAAUCUGAUAAAUCCAUAAUCUACGUUGAGAAUUUGUUAAAGGAGAUUAAGGUUCAUAUUGAUGAUGAAAAGUUACCUCUCUCGCUAGACCCUGAAGAUAAAUUAAAGGACGUUCAUACAAUACUUAUUGAAAUUGUUAAUGAUGAAGUUAACGAAAGUAGGAAAGAUUUUAAGUUCAGAUGGAAGAACGGAAAAUUCGUUAGCGAAUUCGAAGUUAUUAAGAACAAAUUAAAAAACAUUUUAGUAAAUGGCAAUGAGUUAUAUAUUACCACCCUACAAAGAGGCAAGAUCAUGAUUUAUAGUGGUCAUAGUAAGACUCCUAGCAAACCACUCAGGCAUAUUUUAGAUAAAGGGAAAAGUCUUGCUGAAAUCCGGGAAGAGCUUGAAAAUACUUUGAUAGAACAAAGCCAUCUCUAUAUGUGUCCAAAUUGCUGUUUUCUAGAUCAAGAUAAAGCUCGCAUUUCUAUAUCUGAAGAAAGUAAUUUAAAACUAGGAGAAAUUUUAUUAAUUGAGGACGGCAAAAAUGUUUUAAAUAUCAUUAGAGAUACUUGUCAAGAACAUGAGCAUGAUUUGAUUAAACUGAUUAAUAAGUGCGGAUAUGGAUUUAUUAUUAAGAAUGGUUCAGUUGAACAGGCUAUACACCGCGCAUUCACAAUAAAAAAUACACCAAAAUAUCGUUUUUUAGAAGAUGGUGGAUAUGAAGAAAGUUCAUUUGAAUGCAAAAAUGAAUUUAGUGAUUUAUGCGAUCGAAAUUUUAUUACGUUUGGAAAUGUCAAAACAUCUAUUUUACCAUGGGUCUCGCUGAGGAAAGCAUAUAUAAACAUUUCAAAAGAUAACAUUUCUGUAACUCCUGAAUUUAGUGAAGAAGUUAAAAAAGCAUUAAAAGAAGAAAAUCAGGAUAAAAAAGCAGAAAGUCUUAAAAAAAUUGCAGAAAAAUAUGGCUACUUCUAUGCAAGCUCUGUUUACUUUGGAGGCGUUAUCGUUGAGAG